GAGCAACAAAAGAGAUUGGAUCAGCGUUGACGAGAAUGUGUAUGAGACAUAAAUCGAUUGAAAUUAAACUAAAAUCAUUCACUGCAUCUUUGAUGGACUGUUUGGUUUUACCACUCCAAGAAAAGGUUGAGGACUGGAAGAAGAUCACAACCCAAUUGGAUAAAGACCACGCUAAAGAAUACAAGAAAGCAAGACAUGAAAUCAAGAAGAAAUCAACAGACACACUUAGACUUCAAAAGAAAGCAAAGAAGGGUAAAAUGGACGUACAAUACAGAUUGGACAGUGCACUGCAAGAAGUAACGGAUAAAUACCUACUACUAGAGGAAACCGAGAAGGCAGCUGUACGCAACUGUCUGGUGGAGGAAAGAAGUCGCUAUUGCACGUUUGUUACACUCAUCAAACCUGUUGUGGAUGAAGAAUGUUCAAUGCUGAGUGAGACAACACACCUUUCCACCAUCUUGGAUGACAUAAUGAUCCAGGUGAAGGACCCGUACACACUCCCAAAGGCCAGCGAACAGGUCAUCCUGGACAUCAAGGGCCAGGAAAAUAAAUGGUCCUUUCCUACGCCCCCUGGUUCACCUGUAGCUUCAACAGGUUCCCGAAAGUCCAGCAUGUGUAGCUUAAGCAGUAUGGCUAGCUCAGAUUCACGGUCCAGCGGCUCGGUCAACUCGCACUCACCGGGCAACCCAUUCCGGCACCGUAGUAUGUCGCAGCCCACAGAAUCGCCUCUACGGCUCUCUAGCGUCUCAUCGCAAGACUCUGGUUUCAUCUCUCAAGACAUGCUAUUCCAGAGGCCAGCUACACCCCCUCAGGAGUCAGACUACCAGACAAUCGGCCAAAAUGGAGACCAGUCGUCAAGUGAGUGCAGCACGCCUUCUUACGAUUCGUUACCCCCACCACCCCCUUCCUGGACCAGUUGGUCUUCAAAUAACUCCCUGAACCAGUCGAUGCCCCUUCCCCCUCCCCCCGUCACCAACUCCAGUCUUCCCGAGAAACCUUUAGUGAAUUCUAAGUCUAAAAACAAUGAUGUUGUGUUAUCUCCUUGUCCUCCAAUUGUUCCCGAUUUCAACAUGACCCAUAUAAACCAAGCUGCUACUGUCGGCCAAUCAGAUCCUUUGUACGAUGAGUUGUCGAACUUACACUUUCACGAAACCAGUAAGAUUGUACCCCAGCCUACUGGUAUGGAAGGUAAAAGGCAGAAUCCGUAUGAGCACCGGCGGACCAGGAGUGCUACAUUACCCCAAAAGAAGGUGUCGCAGCCUGCCCUACCAGUCACUGCAGACCUAGCCAUGGCUUUAGCCAGGGGCUUAGGAGCUCAUACCCCAGGAGGCCGGAACUUGGCGAAUGUUCAACAUAGCCAGCUAUCUCUACAGUCUAGUGGAUACGGCACCCAGACUACAACACCAUCAGCUUCAGAUGACACGAUUGCUUCUGAAGAUUUUGACUGCUACUCUCUGCAAGCCGAAAAGCAGACGGAUCUGAUAUUUGAAAAACCAUCGACGAUUCCUCGAAACGGUGAUGUCAGCAACUCCUAUCAGCAUACGUCUACUCCUCGGCGUCCCGCAUCUACUGCUGGACUACCAUUUGCAGCUACUCCUGCCAACAACAUGAACAGGAGAGCUGUUCCCAGUUACUGCACAUUGCGCCGGGGUAAACCGCCUCCGCCAGUCAGGCGCACCUCCUUGACAUCAGGAAGCAGUCCAUCAACUACCCCAACUCAUCAAAGCGAGACCGUAUUUGAUUACUCCGGUACUUUCAAGAUACCACUACCAGUUGACCAGGCACCUGUUCCGCAAAGCUCGCCUCCCAAGACCAGACCCUCAAAUCUAGGGCGCAGUCAAAGUCUACGCACAUCGCAUGACAUGCACCAAGCGGGCAACCGACAGAGUUUGAUGGAAAGUUUAAAUGCCAAACUUGCUCAGAGACAGUCCAUGUUUGCUAGUACAGAACCCAGGCCAUCACCUCCAAAACCAACCCUCAGUCCCCAAAGAUCAAAUGAACCGCAGAGUCCCCCAAGUGUAUAUGAUCUUCAAAAGACACCAACACCUGGUAGUUACAUGAGUCAGCAGUAUGCACCGCCACCGGGUUACGGUAACCAGACAACACCGACCAACUACCACCAGCAGCACGUAACCUAUCAGUCGCGAGAAAUGACCGAGACAGGCCUUCAGCGCAGGCACAGUAGUAUAGAAUCGACUCAGUACUACCGAAGCAUGCACAUGGGCACGUUAAAGGAACCCGACGAAGAGGAAGAAGAUUCAAAACCUAGUGGUCUCCUUCUCGAACUGCAGAAGGUUAAGCUGCGAUCUACACGUACCAAUGACCGCUCCAAGCCAAUCAUAUGAGAAACAGUGUGUUUUUUCCUUGUAGUAUGUCAGGUCAACAAAAGUAAUUAAUCUGCAGUUGAAGUGAUUGUAAACAAUCAUGUAUGGUACUGCUUAAUUAAGAAUAUAUGUUACAUAAACGAAUUGGAAGUGUAAAAUAUAUUUCUGAUAAUACACUACAGCUUAUAGAUGUAAGGAUCAAUAGUAUUAAAGACAAAUCUUUAUCAUGCUUCAGGCCCUACUUCUCCCAUCUCACUCUGGUAGAUGUACAGUUUGUGGUUAUUAUCUGGGGUUUUUUUAAGCUACUGUAUCAGCCACAACCGUAAUAAUAUAUGCUACCAAAAAUGGCCAAAAUUGAAGUAGUUUUCAUGUUUUAUGCAUUGCAUCUUUUACAUGCACACAGAUACUACUACUCUAUGUCGCGUAUAGCGACCAAUAUUAUGGUUCUUCACACUCGGUGUACAACACCAGCAUGAACAUACUACAACUUGUCCAAUAGCAUUGAAUCAGAAGACUUGCUAAAUGGAAGACCAAGAGAGAAGAAGUACCUUUGUAAUAAUUAUAAAAACAAAUAUAAUUAUUUUGAUUAAUAAAGGUCGUAGGUUGUUGGAGUUAAUGAGCAGUAUUUUUUAGUUACUUGAUAGUAGACUGUAAAAUGAACCAGAUGAACCCUACCAUAUAUGGCUUAAGUAUCAUCCAUAUUAGAAUAUUUGUGCAUCUGGUGUCUCCAGCAUUGGUUAAGAUGAUGUAGCUUCCAUGCCUAGUGAGUCUUGCACAUUAUGCAUAUAUCUCGUGCCCGCAGACAAAUAGUGCUGUAUCUCACACAUAGGGAUAGAAAGUGGGACUUUCAUAGCACAUUAUGCCGAAGUCUCAAUGUACCUAAUACGAUGUUCCCAAACAUGAAUGUGAACAGCACCAGCAGGAAUAUUGUAAUCUACAACUUAUCUUCUGGCUGUCAAAUAAAAAGUGUAAGGAUAAGAAUGCCAUGGGUUAAAAAACAAUGCCCAGUUAAAGUUUUCAUUUGUUUUUAUAUAACUUUUACAAUGUCACAUUUUGUUUUUUGUAUUUUGAUUUUAUAAGCCUUCAUUGUUACGUUUGGGUAUCUUAAAGUAUAUGAGGUAUUGGAAUGGGGAAAAAAAUAAGAUUUUGGUAUGAAUCUGAUGAGGUGCUAUCUUGCGAUUUGCUAUACAAUAAGCCAUGCUGCAGCGAAUAGUAAAAAAAAGUAAAAAAAAAAAAAGGCUAUUGUAAUAGAGAUUAUGACAUUUAGAAUUGAAGCAGUAAAAACAGUGGUUUUUUUUCAUUAUCAGUAUUAGUUGUAUCAGCUUAUACAUAUCUUUUCAGAAUACGAAUCUAGAUCCAGAAGUGUGUGUUUGUUUACAACAAAAAAAGAAAAGAAAUUAAUGAAAAGAAUACUACAUUAUAAAAUUGUGUAUACAAAACAUUUCCCCAGUUUUGUAUUUUUUUUUUUUUUCUUUUUGCUGAAACUUGCUAGGUUUUAAUUUUAUUUCUCCAAGAAUUUGUUUUUCCCAUUCGGUUGGAAUUUUGUCAGUUUGUUUAUGUAGAUAAAAUCAACUUGUGCUAAAUUGAUUUAAACUCUUCUCUUAACAGUAGAAAUAGUCAUAUCCAGUGGUACGGAUUAUUUGGUGUAUCAUUUUAUGUAGUCUCUAAUUAAGAAGAUAUGAUGGAGCUUUAGAACAAUGCAACAUGUUUUUUCUAUUAAAACCAUUUUUAAGUAGCUUCAUAUUACCUUGUAAAUAAUAUGGGUUAGAAAUAAUAUGAAAUCCAGCUAUAGCUAUCUUAUCCAUGUUAUCUCAACCGUGGAGGUAUAAAGACAUUUCUAUACCUCCAUGUCUUACGCUAUUUGUGUAGAAGACUUCUUCCAACUUUUGUAGGUUGGCUAGUAAGAUUGAAAUACUGUAGUUUAAAGAUUUAAGUCGUUGUCACAAAGACAACAUUAUCUUGAAAGAAUAUUUUGACAAAAAAAAAUUGAUUAUUUAUGUAGAAUUCUUUAACUUACUUUAUUAAAUCUAAACAAUAGACAUUUAUAUAAUUGAAUAUUUGUUUAUUCUUGCUUUCGUAAAUUCUUGCUUCGUUUUUACAUGGUUUUCAUUGUCACCCUUUCCUUAAGGCUUGCGUAAAAAGGAAGAAAGUGAUGCAAUGCAUUAUUUAUUUUACAUAGUUCUGUACAUAAUAGCAAAGGUUAAACCAAUCACAGUUCCUAAAAACAUGAAAAUUCCCUUUGGGUGUACAUAGCUCUAUAGUAUUGACUGUGUGGUAAGUUUAUGUUUAAUGACAGGUAUAAAAUAUAUAACUUUGUUUCUGUGGUAUAAACUGUAAUUAACUUUUUAUUUUGUUUGGCAUAACACUGAUAAUUUGUGAGAAUUACAUUGUCUUGGGUAGCAUUGAUCGUGUUACUUGUGAUAACAUGAGUAGGCCUAUACUCUUUAGAGCACGAACAAUGAGCACUGUCAGAGUAGUUACUCAACUAAGUAUGUGCCUAUGGGAGUAACAAUGCUGAAACAUAACUUUAGUCUGGUAAAGCCCAUAACAUAUUUUAAAACAAAAACAAAUGUAUACAAAAAAUAAAAUUGUUUUAUGUUAUUUUUAUGGGAUUUUUUUGUGCUUUUGUUAGCAGCUUUAGUAGGUUUAUUCAAUUACGAAAAUAAAUUUGAAGUUGUGUUGUAAAAACAGUUGGUCUGUGUUGACAUAGAUCUUAUAUACAAGAGGAGAAAAUAGAGAGAUCACAAAUUUUAAAAUGGUUAUCAUCAGCAUUGUGUUUUCCUUUCAAGAAGGUUUAGUUACCAUUAAUUGGGAGGUCUUGCAAGCUUACUAAAACGAUAACGAAUACGGUUACAUCAUCAUUUUUUUAGUCAAUCCAUCCCAUACAGUAGAUUAUCUGACACUACGUAGGCAAUCCAUGACUUUUAAAUAAAUCAACAAUUAUAUCUCGUAUAUGUACUGUUAAGUAUGUGUUAGGCAUGAAUGACGAUAACGAACAUGACGUAUUCGUUUUUGUAACGUUGCAAAACCUCCCAAAUGACGUAAUCAUUUCUAAAGUAAACAUAUGUACAGGAUUUCGUGAUUACGACGUAAAUGUUAUUAACGUUUUACCUAUUUAUACAGUUAGGAUUGUGAGCGACAUUAAAUAUUAUCUGUCAACCUUAGUUGCAUUGGUUUCAUAUAAAGAUGAUGUACCGUAAUUGUAUUGUUUUUAUAAUGCGUUUGCAUUUUAUAGUCAAUGCGUUUGUACUGUGUCAAUAUGCGUUUGUAAUCGAGUGAAUAAGCGAUUGUUGUAGAUCAGUAUUUACUGUAUAUUCUCUGCACGUACUGUUAACAAGAUUGCUUUUGGCUACGAGUGAAAUCUUUUUGUUCAGUUUGUCGAGGAUCUCUGUUGUGGAGGAGCAAUAAAUUUUGUUUUGUACAAUACAAACAUUAAAGAGAAGAAAGUUAAGUACAACAAAAACA